GGUUCCGGGCAGGAAAGCUCCGGGAACAUCCGCUCCGACACCAGCAGCUCCUCCGCGGGCCCACGGCGCAGCCUCUGCAACAUCCGGUGUGUUUGAAGUUAACAGCUAGCUUGUUGCAGCUAGCGGAGCUGAAAUCUCCAUUUUAGCUCCUUAGCUCAGCCGGCCUGUCCCCCAGCUGCCCACCCGGACACAUCCUGACCCGUCUCCCCCACAGCGUGUCGAGGCCAGCAGGGCGAUGGCGAGGCCGAGCCACAGCGACCACGUCCUUCAGCAGCUCAACAACCAGCGGGAAUGGGGCUUCCUGUGCGACUGCCUCAUCGCCAUCGGGGACAUCUACUUCAGGGCUCACAAGGCCGUCCUGGCGGCCUGCAGCUCCUACUUCAGGAUGAUGUUCAUCCGGGACCAGCAGGGGGCGGGCCACCUGGACCUCAGCAACAUGCAGAUCAGCGCCGAGUGCUUCGACCUCAUCCUGCAGCUCAUGUACCUCGGCCGCAUCGUGGUGGGGAGCUACGAGUUUGAAGAGCUCAAAGCCUCCAUGGCGUACCUGCAGAUGUACUACAUUCCUGACUCGCUGGAGGACCUCAGGGACAUCAGGAACUCCAACCUCACCCCGUCCUCCUCAGCCUCCUCUUCGUCUUCAUCCAGUUCCUCCACCGGACUCUCUGGAGGAAAAAUGAUGUUUGGGGUCCGGAUGUACGAGCAGCAGAGGCCCGCAGCCCCAGAGGGAGAGAUUCUAACUAAAGCAGGGAACAGCAGCGGGCGUCCAGCUGCUCUUCCAGCUGCUCUUCCAGCUGCUGUUCCAGCUGUUGUUCCAGCUGUUGUCAGCAGGCCCGGACUGAUGGAGGAAGUGGUGGCGAGCGCUCCUCUGAUCGUGGCGCCUCCUGCUGCAGACGGAGCAGCCGAGCAGCCGUGCGACCUGAGAAAGCGAUCCGGAGGCAGGAGUGGGUCUCUGAAAGACCGACCCAGGUUCGGUCGCACCUACACCUGCGACGACUGCGGCUUUGUCUUCAGCUGCGAGAAGCUCCUGAUCGAGCACAUCCUGACCUGCACCAACCGCAAGGCCUUCCAUACGCCCAGGGGCAGCGUGGACACGGACAACGGCUCCGGUAAAGCCGAGAGCACGGCCUCUGAGAGCGCCGAGGAGCAGAGGGUCGUCUGUAAGGGCGAGGACGACUGGAUCGAGGCUAAAGCCGACUCUGACCCCUCCAUCAGGUCGCUGGCAGCCAGGCCCGACAGCGAGCCCGGGUCAACCAGGAGCAUCAAAACAGAACCAGAGGAAAGCGUGUUCUCUGAGAUCGAGAUGAUCCAAGUCAGCGAUCACGUAACCCGAGACUGCAGCUCCCGUCUGAGCGAUGGGACCCGUCCAGACGUGCUGACACUCAACCGGGACUCUGAACCAGGAGUGUCGGGUUUGGAGAGCAGCGGCGAGCUGAUGGAUGGACACCCGUCGAGCAGCAACGAUUCAGGAAUCCCCUCAAAGCUGCGCAGGGUCAAAGACGAGAGGCUGGACGCCGACUGCUCCCCCUGUGAACUUUGUGGCGCUCUUCUAGCUGAGGAGGACAAGUCCACCCAUUACCUGUCCAACCACCUGGGCCACAUCUGCGCCUGCGGGAGGUGCGGCCAGGUUCUGAUCAAAGGGCGGCAGCUGCAGGAGCACGCCGAGCGCUGCGGUGAGUCCCACGGUGCCGAGUCGGACUCCCACGGAGAGGACGAGGCGUCGCUGCUGGGGGAGGCUCAGGGGAUGGAGGAGGGCCUGCUGGAGGUGGCCGACCUGGCCUGCCCCCACUGCGGCCUGCUCUUCCAGAACGAGAGCCUGGCGCUGGAGCACGCCUUGUCCUGCCACGACCAGGAUCUGUUCCGCCCCGUGAUGCUGGAGGAGGGGGGCGCAGAGGCAGACCACCGCAGGAAACACUUCUGCAGCAUCUGCGGGAAAGGCUUCUACCAGCGCUGCCACCUGCGGGAGCACUACACCGUCCACACCAAGGAGAAACAGUUCACCUGUCAGACCUGCGGGAAGCAGUUCCUGCGGGAGCGCCAGCUCCGCCUGCACACCGACAUGCACAAAGGCAUGGCCCGCUACGUGUGUCCGGUCUGCGACCAGGGAACCUUCCUCAAACACGACCACGUCCGGCACAUGAUCUCCCACCUGUCGGCCGGAGAAACCAUCUGCCAGGUGUGUUUCCAGAUCUUCCCCGGCGGCGAGCAGCUGGAGAAGCACAUGGACGUCCACCUGUACAUCUGCGGCGUGUGCGGCGAGAAGUUCCGGCUUCGCAAAGACAUGAGGAGCCAUUACAACUCCAAGCACACCAAGAGACUAUAGAACGAUCAGAAGACGCUCUUUUCCUCGAGUCUUUCUUGAGAAGCCAUAUUUGUGAGAACAAACGUUGCACUCGAACACCAAAAAGACGAUUUCUUACCUGCACUUUGAAAUAUAUGCAUAACCUGAACAGGUGUUCAUGCUGCGAGCAGCGAGGCUGCCGAUUGGUCCUGUUGUUAGUGGUGGGCGGAGCCUUCAGCUGAAGCUUUCUAUGUGUCCGGAGCGUUACCUGGUGCUGAAACACUGUUUCUGUCUGACGACUCGGGUUCUGUGCGGAGGUCACUUCCUGUUUCAGAACCCGGGUCGGCUGCUUGUUCUGAGCUUCACGUUUCUUGGAGCUCUGAGAUCGGUGCCUUUAUCUCUGUCCUCUGGUUCUGCAGCGAGGCAUGAUGGACGGGGGACGGGACAUGUAGCACGCACACGCACACACACACACACACACACACACACACACACCCCGCUCCAGUUAAAGUGAACAUUUAAAAAAAGAAACACUAGAAUUGUUUUGCUUGGACUUAAUUUUCUGUGAUUUGUCUGUUUGCCUUAAAAGACCUGCUUUGUUUU